UUCAAACCUUUUCUAUUUAGAUGACAUACACAAAAGAAUGUACACCCCCAACCCCAACCCCAAUGCGCCGAAUUAGCCGUUCACAGACAGAGCAGCGUGGUAGUCAAGCCUAGCACUUUUGGAAUGAUGCUCGGUGUUGUUGGUGUGGUGAGCAGAGCACAUCACAUAUCAACGAAAAUUGCUGCAAUGUCAUCAUCGUCAUUGUUUAGAUUAACGAGGUUUCCCAUUCUUUCUAACCCCACUUUUCUUCCAUCCUUUCACUCUGUACCUCAUUCCUUUCACAAUGUUGAUGAUGCUGUCUCCUUCUUCAACCGCAUGCUCCAAAUGCAUCCUACCCCUUCCAUCAUCGAAUUUAGUAUGAUUUUAACUUCCCUAGUCAAGAUGAAGCAUUACUCCACCGCCAUUUCACUUUCUCACCAAAUGGAACUUAAGGGAAUUAGGCCUGACAUUGUCACUUCCAGCAUCUUGAUCAAUUGUUACUGCCACUUAGGUCAACUUACUUCAGCUUUUUCUGUAAUGGGAAACAUUCUCAAGAGAGGUUAUCAGCCAAACACUAUCAUCUUGAAUACACUUAUGAAAGGUCUCUGUCUUAAAGGCAUGGUUCAAAGAGCCAUGGAAUUUCAUGAUGAUGUGGUGGCACAGGGAUUUCGGUUGGAUGAAGUUAGUUACGCGACGUUGAUCAAUGGGUUAUGCAAAACGGGAGACACAAGAGCGGCGCUGCGGUUACUGAGACAGAUUGAACGGCCUAAUGUGAUAAUGUACAGCACAAUCAUUGAUAGUUUGUGUAAAGUUAAACUUGUAAGUGAUGCAUAUGACUUAUAUUCUGAAAUGGUUGCCAGGAGAAUUCCACCUAUUGCUGUCACUUAUAAUGCAUUGAUAAAUGGCUUUUGCAUUGUUGGUCGAUUUCAACAAGCGGUUGGUUUGUUAAACGAAAUGGUGUUGCAAUGUAUUGACGCGGAAGUUCGUACUUUUAAUAUAUUGGUUGAGGCUUUAUGUAAGGAAGGAAAUGUGAAAGAAGCAAAAAAUGUGUUUGCUGUGAUGGUGAAACAAGGUCUGGAACCUAAUAUUGUUAGUUAUAGUUCUCUCAGGAUGGGUACUGUCUUGUUAAGGAAGUAAACAAGGCCAAAGAUAUAUUCAACUUCAUGGUCCAAAGGGGAGUGACGCAUGAUGUUCAGAGCUAUACUAUCAUAAUUAAUGGUUUGUGUAAGAUUAAAAUGGUGGAUGAAGCUUGGAGUCUUUUAAAUGAAAU